CACAUCCCUAGUCGCCCGUUGGCCGUUAUCAUUAGUAGAAAAUAAAGGAUUUAUCAAUUUAAUGAACGUUACUUCACCAAAUUUUAAAAUUCCUUCUAGAAGGGAUAUUUCCAGACGUCUAGAAGGAAAAUAUAAAUUAUUUCAAGAUUUAUUUAAAAAUGAACUAAAUAAAGUGAAAUACAUAUCACUUACAAUGGAUAUAUGGACUGAUAUACACACUCAAAGUUACCUUGGAGUUACUGUUCAUUUUGAAAAAAAUAGCAAGUUGGCAUCUGGGUUAUUAGGUGUGAUAGAUCUCCAAGAAAGACACACAUCUCAGUACAUUGCUGAUACAUUAAAUGAGGUAUGUAAACAAUGGGACAUUUCUUUAGAAAACAUAACUGCAAUUGUUACUGAUGGAGCUGCGAACAUAACUAAAGCUGUUGAUUUAUUGUUUGGAAAUCCCAAUAACAAACGUCAUAUACCAUGCUUUGCCCACACACUAAACUUAGUAGCUCAAAAUGCUAUCUCCAGUGUCACUGAUUUAAGUUUACUUAUUAAUAACGUAAUAUCAAUUAUAACAUGGUUUAAACACUCAGUAGUAGCCAGUGAUGAACUAAGAAAAGUUUCCAAUAGUAAACUUAUUCAAGAAGUUCCAACCAGAUGGAAUAGUACAUUUUAAAUGCUUA